AAACUGAUAACAAUUUUGUCCAUAUGCAUGCUUUAGAUCCUAUUUUGUGAACAAGCUGUCCUGGUUUUUUUGUUCCUACUGGGAUUUGAAUGCGUACCCACAAAGAAACGGUAAUCCAAGGCAUUGAUAAAGAAGAUACUAUUCAAAAUGAUUGGUUCACCAACAACAACAGCAACAAUUCAAUCCAUGGAACCCCAAAAUCAACAACAGCAAGAGCAAGAACAGAACCGUCUCUGCGAUUACUGCAACCACUCUACGGCUCUUCUAUACUGCCGAGCUGAUUCGGCGAAGCUCUGUUUCUCCUGCGACCGCGAGGUCCACUCCACAAACCGGCUCUUCUCAAAGCACUCUCGCUCGCAGCUCUGUGAGUCUUGUUGCUCGUCCCCUGCUUCGAUCUUCUGUGAAACGGAGCACUCUGUUCUGUGCCAAAACUGCGACUGGGACCGCCACGGAUUGUCUUUAUCGUCCUUGCAUAAUCGGAGGCCGAUUGAGGGGUUCACUGGGUGUCCGAGUGCGACUGAAUUUGUAGGGAUUUUUGGGUUCGAUGAUGUUGGUGGAAAGGCUCUAUCUUUGGAUGAAGAUAGUGAUUGUGGUGGGUUAGGGGUUGAUGGGUAUCUGGAUUUCUUGAUGUGGGAUGCCCCUGCUGUUGGUAUUGAUGAUAUGAUAGCUUCUAGUGGUUCGGGCCAUGAUUUUCAGGCUAUGGAUGUUCCUCCUCUACCAAAGAAUCGUAAUGCUGCUUGUGGGAAAGAAAAGGAAGAAAUACUUCGUCAGCUUCGUGAACUGGUGAAGUUGGAACCCAAUUUCAAUUUCACUAGUGUAGAUGUUGGGCCGAUUAGAGGAUUUCUGUCACUGGAGACUGGACAAAUUCAGCACCAUGGAGAGACACACAGAGACCAGAAACCUGAUGCACAGCCAAUUUCAUUUCCUACUUGCGAGGAUAAUGUGCUUCAGUGGUUGAGUGACAGUGGUGAGGGUGCACCGGGUUUCUUUUCUUCUACAGUAGUAGGAAACCAUUUUGAGGAAAAUCAUGCGGUUCCUGAGAAGUAUUCGGAUGGGGGCAAUGGAAGUCACACUAGCAAUACUCACGAGGGACAACCACCUGAUUCAAUUCCUACUGAGACCGUGUCAAAUUUCCCAAAAUUUGCACCGUGCGAGUUGAAUAGCCAGGAGAGAGAGACUGCAAUCUCACGAUACAAGGAGAAGAAGAAAACAAGGAGGUACGACAAGCACAUUAGGUAUGAGUCAAGGAAGGCUCGGGCAGAAAGCAGAAUGAGAAUCAAAGGACGUUUUGCUAAGACAGAUCACUGAGUACUGAGUGCUGCAGACGAGCAUGGCGUAUCUAUUUGGCAGCUUCGACUUAGGAAACAGCUCGAAUUGGGUAAUUGAGCUGGUGAUGUGCAGUCCUCAAAUCUACAAGCUGCGUUCGUGGGUUCGGGUGAAUUGGUUGUUUAUUUUUGCAGCAUUAAGCUCACAUAUGAUCAACUUUUUGGCAAAUGUAGAAACUGGUCAUUGUGUUUGGUUUCUCUUCACUUUGUACUGAUAUUUGGAAUAAUGAUGUGUAGAGCAGUGUAAGCUAGAUCAAGAUUUGGUUUAUUCA